AUGUCACGUCCUGCAUCAUGUUCGUCACUCUCAAGUCCCGGUGGUGCUUCUUCUUCUUCUACCGCUGCGCAAUAUCGACACGCUCGAGUGUCAAACCCGUUACGUGGUGACACGAACCUCAAGAUCUUUUUACCUAGUGACAACUUGGCGUUGAAAGCCAUUCUAUCACCUCAAAAGAAGGCAGUGUCGGGCAAGAUAGAAGACGAAGACGUUGCAACGUUGAGCAGUUCGUCGAAUUUGCUGGACAAAUUACUCUUUCGCAAUGGGAUUCAGACCCCGACGGUGCCAAUGAUCACCAGAAAAUCCAUGGGGGAAAGUGUCGUAGAAGAAGACGUCGAGGUUAUGAACGUCGUUGUCAUGAACUCAAACCUACCGCCACCACCGUUUGCCAAUAUGUAUGCGUGUGAAUCCUGUCGCGAAGAUAUUGGAUCACUGCUGUCCAAGAGACGACACCAUUGUCGAAACUGCGGUGGCUCCUUCUGCACCGACUGUACGACCAAAUCGAUUGUUGUACCUUAUCAAGCUUAUUUAACACGAGGAGAGCUGCGCGUGUGCGAUGGCUGCUUCCAUCGGAUCCAGGAAUUCCACCAGCAGGUGAAGAGCACAAGUGUUACAUGGAGUGGACUCUCGCCACCGUCCAUUGAGCAGAUCGUUCGUGACUUUGAUCUGUCGGUGGAUGAAAAUCCUGUUGCAAUUUUCAACUGCGCGCUGUUCGUGGAGAUGACGCCGUGUUACGGCCACCUUGUCUUUACACGCGAACGUCUGUGUUUCCAGAGUUACUAUGACUCGAAGAAACGCAAAGUGGCGUACUCUCAGGUCUUGUCGCUAUUGAAACCGCAGUUCUACUAUAUCAAUGGCUUGCAGGUGAAGACGAAGCAGAAAGAAACUUUCUUCCUGGCUGAGUUUAAUGGGCUUCGUGAUACGUGUUUCCUGCGGUUGGACCAGCUCCUUCGGGCCUUUCAAGAAGCUAGUAAGUUGAAAGCUUUAGGGCCUGGAAAGUCCCCAAGCUCUAAGGAACUCCGGAGACAGGCACUUGAUCGCCGACGCUCAUAUAAAUUGAUCUCGGAGCACGUAUCUUCAAUGGGAUGUGCUGGAAGUUCAAGCGGUCCGCCUAUGUCAUCUUCAUCUCCUAUUUCUACCGUGGGGUAUAUUGACGUCGAUGGCGAGUCUUCCAAUGCGGAUGUGCCUCUCAGUAACAUCACGGAGGAUGGUGGCCACACCGAUGACGAUAAAUCAACAGCCAGUGAUGAAGAACCAUUUGAGCUGUUACCACCGGAUCCGCUGCUCGAAAAAAUGACAGUUCUUCUGGAUUGCGAUCUGCGGGCUGAUGUGAAGCGAGUUUUCGAUCUGUUGUGGAACGAUGGCCCUGGUCAGGAAUUCUUGUACACGAACAUGGUGAAGGCACGCGACAUUGACAUUGAUAUUGAGUCGUGGAAAGCCAUCGACAAAAAUGAGCUUGUAAAAGCUGAAGAGAUCCAAAAGGGUUUUGAGAUCUCCAAGGAGGAUGACUAUACACUUUAUCGUAUCGUUCGAUCUCAACAUCCCCCCAAAACUUCAUUUCCCGGUCUACCACCGUACGCUGGGUGCACAAGGACGCAACGAUUUCGUCUUGACAAAAGCUCUCAUGGUGAAGAUAAAUGGGAUCGCUUUGUGAUCACUGAAGUGAACCGAAUGAGUAAGAUUCCGUUUAGCGAUUACUUCGAGGUGGAGAUGCGCUACGUGUUUUCUCGUGACGGUAACAACUACUGCCACGUUCAAGUUGGUUUAGUGGUUAAUUUCCUCAAGGCAACGUGGUUCAAGUCGCAAAUCAACUCGUCUGCGCGAUCAGAGUCGAAAGAGGCGCUGGAGUCAUGGAUGAAACAGUCAAUCGAGUUCCUCGAGUCACAACGGAAUCGUAUCGUUUCACUGUCCCCAACGCUUGGGGCGUUGUCUACUUCUGAAAGCUUCAGCGAGCUCGAAUCGGAGACAGGUACCACUUUUCGUCCUGUACUGAAGCAUCAGGCACCGGGUGCGCCUCCUACACUCAAGCUUCUCAAGAGUGCGAAUGCGCCAGCGACUGCCUCAAAAGCAUCCUGUACUGCUCACAUGAGUGCCAUUAGGCAUUUUUUGUCGCCACCGUCACUCGUACAAUUGCUCCUGCUGGGUGCGCUGUGUUACGGGUGUUUGCUACUCCGAGGGAACCUAAUGCAGAUGCAGCAGCUCACUGACGCGACGACAAAAUUGCUCGAUCAGCUCCAGAGCAGCAGAGUAUGA